AUGACUGCCCUCAUGCUCGCCUCUCUUUGCGGCCACCUGGCAGUUGCACGUUUGCUCUUGGAAGGGGCUGCUGAUGCACAUCACAGGCACCCCAACGGCAAGACAGCCCUCAUGUUUGCAUCCGAAAGGGGUCACGUAGAAGUGGCACGUCUGCUUUUGAAUGCAGGUGUCAAUAAAGACGGCUCGUGCAGCGACGGCAUGACAGCCCUAAUGCUUGCAUCUCAAACUGGUCACUUGCAGGUUGCACGAUUGCUGUUGCAAGCUGGUGCUGACAAAGAUCGUCGGUGCAAUGACGGCAUGACGGCGCUUUUGCUCGCAUCUUACAGCGGUGAAUCGGAGGUAGCACGAUUGUUGCUACAAGAAGGUGCUGAUGCACCUCGUAGUCAGCCUGACGGCAUGACAGCACUAAUGUUCGCAUCCAGUCAAGGUCACUUGGAAGUUGCACGAUUGCUGCUGCAAGCUGGUGCUGACAAAGACUGUCGGCGCAACGACGGCAUGACCGCCCUAAUGCUCGCAUCUUGGAGUGGCCCUCUGGAUGCUGCACGUUGCUGCUGGAGUGGUCGCUUGGAGGUUGCACGAUUGCUGUUGGAAGCUGGUGCUGAUAAAGAUUGCUGCUGUUCCGACGGCAUGACAGCUCUGAUGCUCGCAUGUCACGGUGGUGAUUUCGAGGUAGCAGCAUUGCUGCUGCAACACGGUGCUGAUGCACAUCGCCGUCAGCCUGACGGCAUGACAGCACUAAUGUUCGCAUCUUGGCGUGGUGGUUUGAAGGUGACACGUUUCCUGUUGGAAGCCGGUGCCGAUAAGGAUUGCCAGCGCCAUGAUGGCAUGACGCCACUAAUGUUUGCAUCAUGGAGUGGACGGUUGGAGGUUGCAAGGUUGCUGCUGCAAGCCGGAGCUGAUAAAGAUUGUCGGCGUGAUGACGGCAUGACCGCCCUAAUGCUCGCAUCUUCGACUGGUCGCCUCAGAGUUGCACGUUUGCUGCUGGAAGCUGGUGCUGACAAAGAAUGUAGUCGCCAGGACGGCGUCACAGCCCAAAUGCUCGCCUCUUCGAAUGAGCAUCUGAAGGUUGCACGUUUGCUGCUGGAAGCGGGCAUUCAGGACCACGGCGGCUGUCAGCAACAUGCUGUACAUGUACAAAAUCCAGAGAGCAGUGACCAACCAGCAGGAAGGCGGAGAGGCUAUCUGGAUCUGAUUACCACCAUGUCCUGUUGUGGCGGUCGCAGGACACGACGGCACCGGCGUUGA